GGAAGUGGGAGGGACUUAGAGAAGCCAGAGAAAGAUGAGUGGCAGUAAUCAGUGGAGAAUCAGUGAAAAGAUGAAGCUUCUUCUGAGCAGUCUGCUGCUGGGCUCUCUCUGUGCCAUCUCAUCUCGCAGUGCUUCAUGUACAGACAUUGUGACCCAGACCCCUGAUGUUUCUGUCACGGAGGGCGACGCUCUUAACAUCACCUGCUGCUUCAACUCGACGUCUGAAAGAAUGAAGUUCAUCUGGCUGAAAAAUCUGACAGAAAUUCGGAAUCAGUCCAGCGUCGUGUAUAAUCGGUCUCAAGGAUCCCAGAUGAAUCCUUCCUGCUCAACUUUGACCUUUUCCAACAUCAAAAUAGAGGAUUCAGGGAAAUACAUCUGCAACGUGAGGGUGGAGAUACCGAUUUAUGAUCAGAAGGAAGGAAAUGGUACCGUCAUCACAGUUAAGCCCAAAGGAAACGCGGAAAAUCCAGAUGUCCCUGCGGCUCGUUCUGCUGUAGUCCCCAUAAUACUUGCCGCGGCUCUUGGGGGUCUGUUGCUCCUCAUCGCGCUCAGCUGCUACUGCAUUCUGCGAAUCAGACAUGCACAUGCAGUCAGGGUGAUCUACGAGGUUCCCCACAUCGACUCCGAAGAGGCAGAUAUGGAUAAACACAGCACCAGCUCCUCCACAGGCUCUUCUCAGUGGUGUCAGGUACCAGUGUAUGAAUCCUUUGAUUACUUUGAACGGGUGAAAAGCAAAGAAAGUGGAUGAGGAUCUACUCAGCUCGAUUCUUCAUCUUCCAGUAUUUUCUGUAUAUACUUUUUUUCAUGUGAAUAAUGUACAAUUAUUUACUUAUCUCUACAUUGAUUCUGUAAAAUAUAUUUUUUAAAUUCUAUAAACUGCCUCUUAUUCAAGUGUUUUCUGUAUUUACUUUUUCUUCAUGUGAAUAAUGUCAAAGAAUUUACUCAGAUCCCUAUGGAUUAUGUAAAAGCUUAUAUAUUUGCAAAUAUUUGACUAUUUUUGUAUAAACUGCCUUUUUAUUCCUCUUUGUGGAUUACAUUCUUUUCAGACACGA